AUGGCGGAAUCUGUAGACACAAACAAUUCUCCAAUUAGCAAGAAAUCAACAGUAGGGCGUUCGAGAAAAGGGUGUAUGAGAGGGAAAGGAGGACCAGAAAAUGCGUUGUGUACAUUCAGAGGAGUAAGACAAAGGACAUGGGGCAAAUGGGUUGCUGAAAUAAGAGAACCAAAUCGCGGAGCCAGAAUUUGGUUAGGCACUUUCAACACCUCCCUCGAAGCCGCCCGAGCCUACGACGACGCCGCACGCCGCCUCUACGGCUCCGGCGCGAAGCUCAACCUCUCGGAAUCCGAACAACCUUCUAAUGAGAAUUUCAAUUCUGGGGAAAAUUGCAUAAUUGGCAGCGGGAAUGGGAAUGAAAGUAGUGGUGAGUGUUCUGUACUAGAGGAAGCAUCGAUAUUUAAAGAUGGGAAUGGGAAGUAUUUGGUGUGGGAGAAUCCGGCGCCGAGUUUGUUGGAUGAACAAUUGUCCACUGGUUUCAAUUGGAGUACUAAUGAAGCAGAAGAUAAUACUAAUUUUAGUUUUGAGGAAAAGGAGUUCUACGAUGAUUAUUUUAGUCCCAAGGAUUUUCUUUUCCAUGUGUAA